CUGCCUACCUACCCAUAAUUAUCCCAGUACGUACCUAACUACCACGCCGCCGCCGAGCUCAACCUCGCCCGAUUGGCUUAGCCAUCUUGGUCCAACAUGCCAACCUUUCCGACAUUACUGUAAGACUUGCCUACCCAACUCAAGACCAUCAACACCUGGACAUCGUACAAGGAAAUAUACAGGUCGACAAAGCACCAACCAGCUUGGCGUCAUCUAGAUGACUGUACAAACCAACGACACCCACAUGCACCAUGGCAAGAUGAACAACCUCUUUGACCUCGAUUCCAGACGAGUAGUCGUAGCGAGUGAAGGUCGGCGUCAGCGCGAACCGAACAGAAAAGCUUCGGGGAUUCUCGCUAAGCUUGUGGAAUGUCGUCGUCGCAUCGCCAUAGAGGUUUCGUGUCUGGUUCACCAUCCUGUUCCAGUUGACGUUGGUCCCAGCAACAGGCCACAGAAUCUCCCACUUGACUGCCUCCAUCCGCAAUCGAAAGCCGAUACGGUAGCCCUUGAUGUAGAGUUCGGUGAGAACAUGGUCACGCUCAGGGUGAGCUCCAGCCUCAAUGGCACCGGACAAGCGGGACAGCAAUUCCUGAGUGCGUUUGUCGGCGGCCUUGGUGCGCCACUGCUUAUGCUUCUCGUCAUUCUUGAUCCGCGAAUACAGUGCUUGCUGCUCUAGGCAAGCUUGGUGUCUAAGUCCCAAUGGUCCUUCUUUCAGGUUCCUGUAUUCGGAUGAGAGCUGCUCGCAUUGUCUGCCGGCUUCGUGUUCAGAGUGGAGAAGUGCGUUUUCGCAGAGUGUAUAAAAAACGAUCUGACGGAUGAUGUCUACC